AUGCCGCACGCCGUCUCGAUGCCCUCGCCGGGCUUGCAGGCCAUUAUCCUCUGCGGGCCAGGCUCGUCAUUCCCGACCUUUACGGCAAACCCAGAUGAGAAUCCGAAAGCGCUAUUGCCCAUCGCAAACCGGCCCAUGGUCUGGUAUCCAAUUGACUUCUGUUACCGCACGGGAAUCACUGAUAUUACACUGAUCUGCCCUCCAUCAGCAAAAGAGGCCAUCUCUACAGCUUUGAAAACCAACCCAUUUCUCACGGGGCUGCCUCAUCCCCAUCCGGAUCUCUUGGCCCCGGCAGACCUCGAUCAGAACACGGGCACGGCAGAAAUCCUGCGGCUGCCCGAAGUGAAGCAGCUCAUCACCUCCGAUUUCGUGGUUCUUCCGUGUGAUUUGGUUUGCGAGCUUGGCGGUGACAAACUGUUGCAAGCAUGGAUGGUCAAGGCCGCAGCUCCGCUGAGUGCUCCUCUGCAGGGCAGUGGCGGCUUGGGCGUAUACUACGAGACCAAGACUGCCACCCCUAUCAAAGGUGAAGAAACGGACUUUAUUGCAACCACGGCUUUGUCGAAGCCGACAGCGCCCGCCUCGAAGGACUCGUUGCUGCCACAGCUGUCAAAGCUCGCCUUGUCCAUGCCCACGGAUUCUCUGAAGGACCUGACAGAGGAGAAGAACGGCUUCCCCAUCCGCCGUGGCUUACUACGCAAGUACCCUAAGCUCAGGAUGCUAAUGACUCACCGGGAUGCACACGUCUACAUCUUUCCACGCUGGAUCCUUGAUUUCGUCGCAGAAAACCCCCGGCUGGAAAGCAUCGGCGAGGACGUUAUCGGCUGGUGGGCCAAGGCCACUUGGCAGGAUGGAUUGGCAGAGAAGUUGAGAAUUCCCGAGAUCCUGGCAAUGUCAGACAGCUCGAAUUCAAGGCGUGAGAGCGCCUUGACGGCUGGAUACGGAGGCGAUUCUUCUCCAACGACGGGGGUGCAGUCACCGGAUCCCGCAUCGCCUCCACAGCAGCCCACGAAAAGCAAGUCGAAUGCCACUGCCAAGUCACAGAGCGCUGCAGUUCCCCUAGUCUUGGCGUAUAUUCAACCGUCUGACCCUAACGGACCGCUCAUUCGGCGAGUCGACACUGCUCAGCUCCUCCUGAAUGUUUCCUUGCAAAUGGCGAAGCUACUUUCUGUGGAGGAAGCCGGCGGAGAAGCAUCUGUUUUUGCCCACAGCAGAAAGGUCGCGUACCCGGAAGGGGUCAAGCCGCGUACGACAAUAACCAAGCAAGAUACGUUGAUCGCGGAUAACGUAACCGUGGAAGAGAAGACGUCGAUCAAGGAGUGUGUUGUCGGUGCCAAUUGCCAGAUCAAGGAGGGCGCCAAACUUUUCCAAUGCGUGCUCAUGGAUGGCGUCGUGGUUGGCAAAGGAUGCAAGCUCACCCGUUGCAUUCUGGGAAAGCGCAGCGACAUUGGCGAAGGAUCUACCUUGACCGAGUGCGAAGUACAGGAGAACCUAUUGGUGGAACCGAAGACCGAGGACAAGGAUAACAAGCUCAUGAGCAGCGAGGGGUUGGAGGCGACGGAGCAGGAAUUGCAGGAUGCGAUGCAGGAUGAUGAUGGCGAUGAUCUGAUGGAAUAG